GAAAUCGUAACCGGAAGUCCUAUCACAACAUGCUCCGGAAGGUUGAGUAAUGGCUGUGAGCCCUGGAGUUGCUAGCUAACCUUGCGGAGCAGUCCUUGACGAGGCCAAGAGUUCUCCCUGUGCAACAAUAGAUGCCUGACCCUGGUCCAUGGGUGUGAGCCGUCUGGAUGUAAUUUAUAGAAGGCUACUCCUCACCAAACUCUUCAUUGGGGGAUGGGGGAAGCCCGAAGACCUCAAAAGAAUCUUUGAGUUCCGUAAGAUUAUUGGAGACAGAGAGAAGUGCAAGUCUCUUGUGCCUGAGGACUAUCCAGUUUACAUUAGCAAGACAGAGGAGCACUCCGACUUUCAUAUCCAUGAUGGGUUCUUCAUCUCUCCUCUGGAGCAUUGGGUUCCGGGAAUUCUGCCACCAGAGGCUCUCAAAGCCAGUUUUCAGUUCAUAGUUCCUAAGAGAUGGCAGAAGAACAGACCAGUAUGCAUCCACUUGGCUGGGACUGGAGAUCAUUUUUUCUGGCGUCGGCGGACCUUGAUGGCGAGGCCCAUGAUCAAAGAGGCAGGAAUGGCUUCAUUGCUUCUGGAGAACCCAUAUUAUGGCUCUCGUAAACCUAAGGACCAACUGUGGUCCUGUCUAAAGAAUGUUUCAGACCUGUUUGUCAUGGGAGGGGCAUUGAUCCUGGAGUCAACAGUGCUUCUCCACUGGCUGGAGAGAGGAGGAUACUGGCCACUGGGAAUGACUGGCAUCUCUAUGGGAGGAUAUAUGGCAUCCCUGGCAGUGACUAACUGGCCGAAGCCCAUCCCUCUGAUUCCCUGUUUGUCUUGGUCCACUGCCUCAAGUGUCUUUACCACGGGUGUUUUGAGUAAAGCAGUGAACUGGACAGAGCUGGAGAAGCAGUAUGCCAUUAACUCAGUGUAUGAAGAGGAGAUCACUCACCUUUUGGAGUACUGUGGGGCUGAUUCCUUAAGGAUGGGUACAGAGCCUCUGAAGAAUGCGGACACUAUAGAGUCGCUUCUGGGUCUGUCUAGAGGUGAAAGACCGUCAGUGGGCCAGUACACCGAAACUGGACGGGAGGGUGAGGUUGAACAAGGCCCGUUGAUUGGUAGAGGCCCUAAAGGUGGCAGAAAUGGAGACAAAGACCAUUUGUUAUCAUCAGUGAACAACAGUGGGACAAGUUUGGACACAAGAAGUCUAUAUGCAAAGAGCACUCUGCAUUGGAAGAACAGGAAUUCAGCCAAAUGCUUUCGGCCAUCUUUGCAUAGAGAAUCGAUAAGCUUCAUGAAGGGUGUAAUGGAUGAAUGUACACACAUGGCCAACUUCUCUGUCCCUGUAGACACUGGUCUCAUUAUCGGAGUCCAAGCCAAAGAGGAUGCCUACAUCCCUCGUACAGGAGUCCUCAGUCUGCAGGAGAUCUGGCCUGGAUGUGAAGUCCGAUAUCUGAAUGGAGGACACAUCAGUGCAUACCUGUUUAAACAAAACGCCUUCAGACAGGCGAUAUAUGAUGCAUUCAACAAAUUCAGCCUGAAGUAUCCCAACUAGCCAUGGCAAGCAGAAGUCCCUUCCACCCAAUAACAACACCAGAAUCAUCAUUUUCGCAGAGGCCUGAAUUCUUCUGAGACGACCUGUGCCUGAGCUUAACAGUCUAUACUUACACGAAACUAAGCUUACAUCAGCUAAACUCAGUCAUUUUCAAAUUAUUUUCAUUUCCUGUGUCUGCAGAGGGAUUGGUUUUUGCCUUGUUGCCUCUAAAUCAACCUUAGCAACAGAAAUUGUGGCAGUAUGAAAUAGUGUUGUAGAAAGUGGCAACAGGAAUGUGGCUGUCUAAAGCCUGAAACAUGCUUCUGCGACUGCGUCUGCGUCUUUUCACGCCGCUGUGGCGCAAGACUCGUUGUCAUUCAUGCUUCCCCAACCGUUGCGCGUCUUACAAAGCAAUUCCGCGCCAGAACACUAGGCGGAGUAAUGCUUUUUGUUAGCCUGGAUGCCAGACGAAUUUAGCCCCGCCCACAACAUUUUGGUCGGGCAGUUCGGUCUGGAGUCGCUCCAUUGGGAAAAAAUUAUGGGGCGUGUUUCAACUGACCAGGAAGUAAAAUUCCUCUUCGCUCAAUUGGAUAGACCUACAACCAAUCAGAGCAACGUAGUAUGUGACGUAUGCUAAGCAACGCAUUGUGAGUUAUUUACUGGGUUCACACCGGACGCUUCAGCGCAGCGCCAAGCCUUAAAUAACAGCUGGCUCCCAUCCACUCCCAUGUUAAAACUUUGUGCCGGUCACACCGGAGGCUGAAGCACCACGAGGCAGCCUUGGCGCAGCGCGGUGCUUCAGCCUCCGGUGUGACUGGCACAAAGCCGUGCAGCGAUCUACUGGAUCAACGGGUGAUAUUAUUAGCGCUGCCCGGCGGUUCAGCGUCGCUUCAGUGUCCGUUGUGAACAGCCAAGCGCCGGGGCGAUAGGGAUUAGCGCGGUGCUCUGGCGUCGCCUCCACGUUCUGUGUUCCUCUUUCAAAAUGAAUGCGCUGUCGGUCUUCUAAAACAGACUCAAUGGCAGCAUCUACACAUCUCAGCUCGCCAGCGGCAGGCAUGUUUGUUGAAAACGAAUUCAACCCGAGGGCACUGUGAUGACGUGGUUGAUUACGUUACCGUUGAUCAUCUGUCAAUCAUCGUAUAAAGCCCGCCCUGACAAUCUGAUUGGCCCGGUCGGGCCAUAAUUUUUUCCCAAUGGAGCGACUCAAGACCGAACUGCCCGACCAAAUUGUUGUGGGCGGGGCUAAGUUCGUCUGGCAUCCAGGCUAGCUUUUUGUCGAAGACGACCUGAGAGACGCCUUCUUUCUUCUUCAUCGAUUGUUUAUUUACAUAGCUACUGCGGCUCCUUGUAGCCUUUUUCAGGCGGACAAAUACGCCAGUCAGUGACGGGUUAUACAAGUGGACAUACUUUCGGAUCUCUUCUGCCAAACGCUCUUCUAUUUGGUCCAUAUUCAUUCUUCUAAAUCUCCCGUUGUUUCUGCCUGUAUUAUGUGGCAUGAAACCGGAAAUGCAGCUUCAGAAGGGAUGUAGAGCAGACCAAUCACAGCCUUGCGGGCUGAGUGAGCUUGCGGAGCUUUGCCGUAAAUUUUAGAAAAGGGGGUCGACACCCGUCAGCACGUAAGGAGGGAUACAUAAGCAGGUAAGGGACCCUCUUGCGCUUACGGGCCCGUGAAAACGCAGAAGCAUGUUUCAGGCUUAAGAGACACUCACUUUGUGGUGAUGGACAAUAAAUCCUAUGGUUUUCAAUGGCUCACUGGUCCACACCAGCAGACUGGUAGUGUCCAUCCUCAUGUGGGCUGUGUCAUGGAUAUUUCUCCUGGAGAAAGUGGGACAAACACACAUAAAAGUCAGUUUAAUAGUAUGAAUUUCAACACACUGUUAUGCACUUAAUAUAGAUUGAUUUAAAUUGCUUUAUAUAGCAGAUUAUAAAUACUAAAUGUCAAGAAAUACUGAUGAAAAUAUUGAAUACUAUACUCAUGUUGGGAAUUACAUCAAAGAAAGAAAUUAGUUACUGCUCAAUUUAAACCAUCAAUGUAUAUUUUCAAAUACAAUUAUAAAUGGUUCACAUUGGUAAACAUAUAUGGUGGUUACAUUUACAACCAAUAAGAUUGUUUUUCAUAUGGUUUGUGUUUUUUGUUUUUACUGCAGUAGUUACCCAGUUUAUGAACUUUCAGUAAUUACCUCUCUAUAAAUCGUGUUUUGAUGCCCUUGAUGGCCAGUGGCCGGAGAAAUGUUUUCAGGUUGCCCUUCCACCCUGUAUGUCUGUCCGUCGGUCCCUUUGUUGUGAAUACGAUAUUUCAAGAACUCUUUGAGAGGGAGAGAGAUUAUUUGAAUCCUUUCGAUACCAUAUGUUUCUCAUAUUUCCUGGUCAAACAUAAAUCAAAGGUUCCUCACAGUAAAGUUGGGAGCCAAGAGAAAGCAAUUCAAGGUGACAAGACAAUGUUUCUUUAUUUUGAGGGCCAUGUACAAUGACCUCAGUUUUUAGGUCAUUGCAGUUACUUCAAUGGUUUUGGAUUUAGCUGCAAUGCUGUUUACCCCUGAAACUCCAAAAGUGUUUGGUGGACUCAAACACUUCACCCCUCUAUUUGUAUAGUGGUGAGUAGAUAUCAUUUUUGGGUGAUCUAUCCCUUUAAAGCCCUUACAAGGAGUUUAUAACUGGUUAUGAAACUGAGAAAAAUCUACUUUUUCUAUAAACUAUUUGCCGUUUGGCAUCCGGUUUAUCUUCCACUGCAGCAGAUCCUGUAUCUUCGACACACCGGCCAAGGCGGAGCAGUUUCUUGAGAAGUUGGUCAGAACAGGGAAGCUGAGAAGCGUAGAAGAAAUGGCGAUAAAGCUAUGUUGAACCCAUGUUAAAGUAUUUCCCUUGGGCGGUAAAUAGGAAUGGUUCUUUUAUUUUUUGUGUCGUUGGAAUUCUGUAUUUCUUGAGCUUUUCAUAAACUAAUAAAGAAAUUCCUUGCCAAAUA